AUGUCACGCCAUUUGCCUGGAAGGACGGAUAACGAGAUAAAGAACCAUUGGCAUUCCUAUCUGAAGAAGAAAGUAAAAAACUUGGAUAACAAGAAACCUCAAGACACACUGAAUAAACAAACACCAUGUACAAGAACAGACUCAAGUCUUGAAUCUUCAGAAGAAGCUUAUGGUUCCAGAAAUUUACCCAAGAUUUUAUUUGCUGAUUGGAUGUCACUUGAUCAAUUUCAGAAGUUUGACUUUUCAGGAAGUCAAACAACAGUUAUGAAUGGUGAACUAGAGAAUGAAGGAUCAUUCAGUGGUAACAUCCAAGAAGGAUCAAGCUAUGGUUUUGAUGAUUCUUUGCAAAUGAAAACCGAGCAACAACAUGUAGAUUCCGAUUUUCUUGAUUUAAUAUCUGAAGAGAAUAUUAUUAUGUGUCAAAACUUCAAUGACAGUGAUGUAAUGUUGUAUAGUUGUGAAUUCUAG